UGCUCACCGACCCCCACCGUACACCACACUCGCAUCCGCCAGCCAUGUCGUACGCCUCAGUCGCUGCUCACAACGCCCCACCCCCCUCUGAACAGCCCCACCCAGACCAGGCUCUCUUCUCCACAGAGCCGCCCUCCGCGGACAACAUCGCGGACGACGCGAUCAAGGUCAACGUCGUGGCCCCAGACUUCCGCUCUAAUCCCGAGACCACCACCUCCAUCUCGGGACCGCCUCCCGUAGCAAGUGGUGCACCCAAGUCUGGGCACCACGGUGCAAAGGGCAAGGGCAAGCGGUACCUCCACGAAGCCGAAGAGGAGGGCUCCUACCUGUAUGUGCGCGCCAGGCAGUACAUCUUCCAACCUGGUGUCGCGGGUGGUCUUCUCGGGCUCGUAAACGUCGGUCUCAUCUCCUUCGCGGGCUACUCCUUCUACACCAAGCCAUCCCUUCGUCGCGACACGCGUGCCAUCGGUUCCGCCGCUGCCGCGACUCUUCUACUCCUCACCGGCGAGGGCUAUGCCGCUGGAAAGUAUCGCGAGACCCCCAGAGGUCAGGAGGAAGAGGCCAAGGCAAAGAAGGAAGGUGCUGCACUGUACCGCUAUGCUAGGGAGCACAUUCUCCGUCCUGGCGUUCUAGGUGGCCUUGUCGGUGUUGUCAACGCGGGUGUCUUGGGUGCGAUCGGAUAUUACGCAUACACUGAGUGGGACCGCCCUCGCUGGGAUAAACGUCUCGUGUCCGCCGUCUCUGUCGGCCUGUUGACGCUCUGGUCCGGUGAAGGCUACCUGGCCGAGCGGUACCGGGAGACCAAGCAUUAAUGACACGACCGCAAGUGCGCUGUUGCGGAAAAUGACCCUUCAGAAUGAGAUUCAGCGAAUGUGGCACACACGUCCACCCCUCCUUCACAUGACCCUGUAUGAUAUCCUCAGUAUAGUACAUGUACACCUUCGGAAACGUAUCUUCUUGCAUCUCAUGCUUGCAUUCCUCGCUGGGGGAUUGGUGGGACACGGUGUAUCGAUAAGUGUGGACGAACCAAUACCAGUGAGUAGAUUCGCCGUAGCGG